AUGUCUUCACCGGACGACGUCAACAUGAGCGGUGAUGAGACGCCACGCGCCUACGAACCCUUCACCGUAGAGGAGAACAUUCGUCAACUCAAUGCCAUCGACCAACACAUGGUCCAGCUCAUGAAGCACACUGCCACAGCACUCAACUCACUCACAAUACCCUCAUCCUCAGAACCCAACCAAAAAAAUGAUCCAGCUGCCGAGACUACGAAGCCGCCACUAGACCCUCCCGCGCAGAAGGAGACAUUCCGCUCUGCGACAGAUUCAUUUCUCACUACACUGCACACCGUCGACGUCAAGAUGAAGCGUCAGAUCUUUGCUCUCGAGGAGGCCGGUAUUAUCGAUUUAGCACCGCCCAAGCGUCAAGAGGCUGAAGGACCUAUCUUGACUGCGCAACCUAUCCUCCCGUCGCAGAGGCCGAACGGAGUGGGAGCCGUGGGCAACAUUGGCGCAGGUUGGCUGAACAGUCGGGGGACAAGAGUGGAGAGGGACAUGGAGGCAGAGCUUUGGGAUAAGGCCAAAGAUCUAUUGAAGAAGAGUGACGAGUCGAAUUCAGCCUAG